UUUCUUUACUUCCGGCGGUUAUAAAAGUCGGAUAAAAACUUGAAUCCGAAUUAGUUAGAGUUUCAGUUGAGAAAGAGAAUUUUUCUGCUAAAAGAAAAUGAAAAUCAUAAUUCUACUAACUGCGUCCCUUGCUUUAAUCUCCACGUCAAAAGCUGUUUCAUGUGACCAGAAACGGGAAUGGGGUUCCAAUUGCAAAUCUUGCAAGGAGAGAGUAUUCUGUCUUCAAAUGCUUGAAGAAUGGGAAGAAAUUCCUUUGGAUACAUGCGGGGAUGGCUUUAUUUGUCAAGGUGCUGGCGAAUGUGUCGCAUCAAACGAUACUUGUUAUAACAAUGCCAAAAACAACAUCUUUGAAUGCAAAAUGGAAGGAGUCUUUCCGGAUCCGGAUGGCUGUGAUCACUACUAUGUUUGCACAAUGUACAACGGCGAAACUGGUUUGACUUUAACGCCUAUAAGGGUCAAAUGCCCAGAGGAAAAACUGUACUCAGCGCGAACUCAGAGUUGCACUUUGUAUAAAAGUAAUAGUUCAUGUACGGAAGCAUAUUGCAGAAACCCAGGGGAGGCGAUUUCUUGGCCAGAUAAUGAUAACCUCUACUACCUUUGUGUCCUUAAUGACAAAAUGGAAUUAUAUCCUAUGAUGCUUCGGUGUGCGCCCAAUGAAAAAUUCGAAGGAGGUAAAUGCGUAAAAAGAUGUGCUGGAACUACCGUGAGCUCAACUGUUUCUAACAAAUCUUCUGACGUCCCUGCGAUAUCAACCGAACCGGUAACAACUAAGACUUCUUCAACUUCAACACCAACUCCAGCACCAACCCCGACCCCAAUCACCAAACCAGCAGUAAUUUUACCCUGCACAAAACAAGGAAUCAAACGGCAUCCCACAGAUUGCAGCAAAUAUUAUUAUUGUGACCGAAAUUUGACACCUUCAGUUUAUAAUUGUGCUGUUGGCUCCUACUUUGACCCGUCCUUUGGACUGUGCGUUAAAGGUUCUUGCUGAUUUCGGCAUUGUUUUAGGGUCCUACAACCACAUCAAAUUGAUAAUAGUAUACUACACUUAGUUUAAAUACUUAUAGAAAUGUCCAAAAAGGUAUUAAAAAUUAAUAAUAAUUAAUAAAUGUAG